AUGCAGGCUAGCGGAAAGGCUGGUUGUGAGAAUAGCACUGCUAAUGUCGUAAGUGCUGGUCAUGAUGAAGGUGCAAAUUUGGGGCUUGUGGAAAGCACAAAUUCUGGCAGUUUUCAAGCAAGUCCGGAAACAUAUAAGAAGCCAGUGUCGAAUGAAGGUUCAAGUGGUGGCUCCGAUCAUAAUGCGAUGCACGUUGGCGCAAGAAGUGGGAGUGGUAAUUGUGAUCGCCUAGUCGAUUCUGCUUUGCCCUCAACUACGAAUUAUAAUAAAAGUGCGUGCAACUCGAAAGAAGUAAAGCUGGCGUUAACAGUGGGGAAUGGUGCACGAAGUUUGGCCAACAAGAGUUCAACAAAAGGGUGCGACACUAGGACUGCACCGACAUCCAAGCAAUGCAAUUGCAAAGAUACGAAGUGUAGUAAAGAACAUAUCGCUGCUUUAAUAGUUGAAAUGGAUGGUGAGCGCAAACGUGUUAUUCAGCCUCAAUCACAUGGAAAUGAUGUCGAACGUGUCGAAGAAACAAUGUUGCUUCCUUUAAAGAUCUCCCCUUUUGCAAAGAGGGAUACAUUUGAGGGAUGGAAUAUCAACAACAGGUCGGUGCGUCAAUGCUCGAAGAUCAAUAAACUUGCUGCUUUAGGUUGCGACAAUAACACUAAGUAUCAAGAGCAUGACCCUUCAAAGCAAGACAAGGAAAACAUGCAUCCAGUAAAUUUGAUAGUUCUGAAGACCGGUACAGUCGAAGCAUCUCGAACAUCGCGAUCGUCAACGACCUUAAAGCAAUUAAACAUGAAUAUAACUCAAACUCAGCGUGGUCAUCAACAACGAAGAGUGAAAACCUCCAGCACUUAUUUUAUGAAGCCUUGCUUCAAACUGGUGAGAUCAAGACCAUUUCAUCCACCAACUGCUAACAAACCAUUAAGUGCGAGCAAGUACAGAAGUUGUCAUGAAACUGGUCGAUCUACAACAUCACGAACCAAGAAGCAGAAAAUCACAGCGAAUGAGGCCAAGCCAUUUAUUUACAAGAAGUUGUUGAGGAUUUCGCUAGCAGCUUUGACUAGACUUCAUGACGAUCCGUGUGUCAGUAGUGGGGUCCUUAAACUACCUCGAUUUCAAGUACUGCGCUUAAUUACAGCCAGAAAUGCCCAUCGGGUUCGUUUUGGACAAGAUGGCUGCUUAAAUUGCUCUUUAGAUGAAGCCUACGAUACCACAACCUUCUUGGGCCCGCGUGAGCUGUACCGCAAACUAAAAGCGGGGAAUUAUAUUCUCGAGAGGAUGAAUGCGACCUUCGAAUGGUUCUUAAAUCACUAUAGAUGGAUUGUGUGGAAAUUGGCUGCUACGGAGAGAGCGUUUCCUCGUCUUUUGCUGUCAAAUUAUUUGACACAAGAUCAGGUUAUGAAACAGAUUACAUAUCGGUAUCAGCGAGACUUAAAUGAAGCAAAAAGAUCUAUUCUUAAAAAAAUGCUACAGCGCGAAGCAAGCGCCACGAACUGUAUGGUACUGUGCGUAGCUGCAGUGCUGCCUUUUAGUUCCGAUAGCGUCGAAGCAAUAGAUCCGGAGCUUCCCGCUUUUUGGAACAUGGCUCUUGUUCUUACGGAUGGAUGGUAUUCCGUGUACGCUGUUCCUGACGCACCUCUAGCAGCUGUAUUAUGGAAGCUCCAUUCGAAGUCUCACCUCGUCGGAACGAAGCUGGCAACUUGGAAUGCGACGCUGCACAACUCAACCGAAGGAAUUGAUCCACUCGAAUGUGCUAUCGUUCGUGAAUCGGAGUGGAGAAAUCCUCUGCUAGCAAAAGAGGAUUUGACGCAAUGGCCAUACCUGCAAUUACGGUGCAACAGCACGCGCCGUGCAAGAUUCGAGACGCGCUUAGGAGUAGAGAACUUACAUCAUUUGAACCUGACAGAGUCAAGACGCGGUGAGCAACAGCCACAUCUUCUAAUAUCACUGCUUAAAAGUAUUCCAUUAAAAAGUCUAGAGAUUGGUGGUGGCAUGGUUCGAUCGGUACGAAUUCGAGUAACCCGCAUUUCUCCAAUCCUUCAUCUCCAGUCUAAGGAGUGGACGCUAGGGCCACGAAUUCUUUGUGAAGAGCAGCUCCCGCUGUACUUUCAACUUCGAUCCGAGUAUGCACAGGCCGUCAUGCAAAAAGCAUACACUCCGAACGAUGAGGAUAGCAGAGUCGACAAUUACUUAAAUGGUGACCAGAUCAAUGUGCCUUUGCCAAUCCCAUUCAUUAAAGUGGACGUGGAGUGUACACACUCUUCUCCUGAGCAGGGCACCGGUAUUCUGACGAUAUGGCGGCCAUCUGACGAUUUGCUUUCCGGUGGGCUCCGAGAAGGAGCUGAAUAUUAUGUUAGCAGCUUGACAGUUAACUGGAAAGUCGACGGUGGACGUGGGCAGAAUGCAUUUGUGCGAUUGAGUUCGACAAAGCAUAGCGGCUUCGAAGAAAUUAACGAUCACGGUUCCUUGUUAAACAACAUAACUCGCGAUGAAACGUCGCGACAAAACCAACAUCGAGUAUGUCUGAAUGUCCAGCAAGCGACAAUGAACUACAGAAAUGAAUUCGAGAACAAAACUAACGUCCGCAGCGAUGAAAGUAGACCAAAAAUUGAUAUAUGUGUUUGUGUCGUGCUUGUGACCAAUCGAGAGACGCAGGAUGUGUCCAGGUCCAUGACACCAAAUAAGUCAGACGUCUCGCUGCUUGACCCUGAGACGAAACCCCACGAAUCUCGAUAUGUAGAGUACGUCUUUGUUACAGACCAUAGUCGUCAUUUAAUGAGUAUUCGUGUAACGGGUAUGGAAGUGAGCAUGCCUACAAAGAGCAGCAACCAAAAGUCGAAGCAUUCAUCGCCAUCAUCUAUUCACUUUCGUCGGGGAAGCAAGAUUUGUUGGAAAGAAGGCGCGAUUUUAUGUUUAAGCGGAUUAGAGGUGUCGCACUACGAUGAACAACUACGUGUAUUAGACUGCGUCUUGGUUGAAAGCACGCAGAUUGUUUCUUUCCCGUCUAAGAAGUCAUCAUUUUGGAAUAAUUUUCAGCUUCUUCAGCGAGAAGUCGGCAACGAUCCCGUCCAAGGUAGUACAGUGCAAGCCACUUUUUCUGAAGAACUUGAUAAACUGAGAGAAUAUGUAAAAAGAGCAAUUUUGCAAUUAAAUUGUAUCUCAUCUCAAGAAAGUCACGAGCAUCAUAUAGAGACAGCUGAACAAGAAAAAUUAACGCAAGAAUUACUAGCUCAUGAAGGAGACACAACUGCUGCAGUUGAACAGAAAAGAUUUUCUGAUUCGUCUGCUUUCCAGAUGUGGUGGGACGUAAAAGUUGUCAGAAUAAUCCCAUUGUAUGGACCUACACGCCCUAUGUUUUCGCGUAGCGUAGAAUUCAUUGCGUAUGUAAGCGUGGGCUCAAGUGGAGUAUCGUUUCGGACAUUGUAUUUGACCCAGGAAGUGAUGCUAGCUUUGCAGUCUUUGCUUAAACAAGCCGCUGUAUCAGAGGGGACGAAUGGAAACACCACAAAAAACAUAACCGUCUUACAAAAUGUUCAACAAAUGCUGUGUAGUCACAAGAAGCAUCACGGUGACUACACCUUCUGUUUUGAAGUCCAUCAGGUCAAAAACGAAUGGCUAGUCAAUAGCUGGAGACCAUGGCAGCGUUUACACGCUGAGUAUUGGAUCGCGACGACGGUUACAGCAUCUCAUUUAGGAUCGUGA